UGCCAAAGUCAGUCUCGUCUUGACAUUUGUUGCAAACUUUCCCCGAUCUAUCAGGAGACAUGUCGAAUAACAGCGCAAGCGGUGUGAUGAGCCUUCAGAAAACCGUCAAGCAGCUGCGAUUCGAAGCCGGAAUCCGCAGAAUUAAGGUUUCUCAAGCUGCGGCAGAUCUGAAGACUUUCUGCUUGCAAAAUGCCCAGAAGGACCCUCUCCUCAUGGGGGUACCAUCCAGUGACAACCCCUUCCGACCCCCCAAAUCAUGUGCACUCUUCUGAGGAGUCAUGAAGAAUCUGGAGAAACUGAACAUUCCUCUUUCACACAAACGUUUUUCACUACACUACACUCAGUUCCCCUUUACCCUACAGCAGAGCUGGAUCAGCACUAUUACACUAAAUUUUUUAAUUUGUAAGCUGCAUUGUGACUUGAAGUCUUGCACGUUCAAUAAUGUGAUUUAUGAAGAAAACCCCUGAAAGGUGUUUUAAAAGUGUUGAUUUGUAUACUGUUAAUUAAGGACAUACUAGUGCAAAACUUACAUUAGUAGGUGGUUUCAGGAGGAAAUUAAAGUGCUCAGUUGGUCAAACAGUCCAUUGGAGAAGUGAUGGCACGUAUGUAAAAAUAUGCAAUACAUUUCUUACGGUGUAGCCAAGUCAAUUUGAAUACCAGCCAUAAACAAAAAAAAAGAGAAAAAUUCUUUCUUGUUGUAAUGUGUUCGGUCUAUGAUGAAAUACUGAAUCUCUUUAUUUGUUUAUUGAUACGAUUAGGCUUAUACAUGGGCAGUUAUUGCCAAUAAACUUGUGUAUUUAAGGUAUUGUAUUAAUCAUUGAAGGAGAGAGAUGUCUUGAAUCUCAGGUUCGUUUUGAUCAAGAUUGAUGCUGUUUCUGAUAUAUAUUCACUUUUCUUAAUAAUUUCUGAAUGAGGUACUACUUUUUGGUCAAAUGUAUUUUCUGGUGGGUAAUUGUUUCUGCAUCAUUUUGAAGUUUCAUAAAUGUUAAACAGUGUUUACACAAGAGACUCAAGUGGAGAAUUAUCUUUUUUUUCCCUCUAUUUUUUACUGAUAUUUGCUCAUGAAAGAGUGCUGUCUGGCUGUUGCACCUUUAGUCUAUGAAUUGAACACCACUGACUGUGAGCAGCAUAUCAGCUGGCCUGUUUUUGCAUAUACUUUCUGCCCUUGCAUGCAAAUGUAUCUGUGCUGUGUCUUUAUCAGUCAACCACUGGACAUUCAUGCAAAUGUCAUUUGUACAUGGGUUUUUCUGCUGCCCUGUGUUGUUAACUUUUUCAGUCUGUUUACCUCAUGUAUGUCUUGCCUUUUAAGUGUGAUCGUGCCUAAAUGAACAACAUCCGAUUUGUGUGCACUAAGACAUACUUAACUAUAUACUAUACGUUUCUUUAUAAAAACUGAAUCAAGAU